UCAGUCUGAAAAACGAAACUUCAAAAAAAAACUUUCGGCUGUCAGAAAAGUAGUUAAGAUAUGUCCGGAAAGGCAGUUGGCUUGCUCCGCAACAUCGAUUGUGUGCGCUGGUACCGUGGCAUGUCGUCCGUCCAAACGAAUGCCUGCGAUGAGUUGCUCCACGCCCUGCGAGAUGACAUGGAGCAGGGAUCCACGUACCGUGUGCGACACUGUGUCUCCCAGCUGGGCAUUCAUCCACUGCCGGAGUCUUCGCGGAUCAGGACCAUCAUGGACAUGAGCCAGGGAAAUGACCUGGCCUUUCUGUGGUUCCUGUGGGAGUUGGCCUACAAGCAAUCCCAGACGUGCCGCAAGGAUAACGAGCAUAUAUAUACGGUCAACGAGCAGCUGCUGCUGUCGGGUAUAGCCCACCUGGACAUGCCGACCACGCUGAGAGCCUUGGAUGCCCUACUGCCACCUGGGCCUCAACCAAAGAAGCGGAGCACCCAAAACCAUUCUGUUCAAAAGUCUGGUCCGAGGCAAAAGGACUUCGUCCUGCCAUAUUUUGCUCCUCCUUUGCGUCCUCGUCCGUUUAUUUCAAAGGGCAAGAUCCAACUGCCCGACAGUAAGCUCCGUUUUCCGGAGUACUCCCAGUACAGUGAUCGGAUGCACCAAAUCCCCAACGAAACGUCACGCUGGUUUGCCCAGUACCAAUUGUGUCCUGCCAAGAGGAUAGUAAACAAGUUGCUUACCGAAGAGCUCAAUGGGCUUAGCUUGGAGCCCUUGGCUGACACCAAGAUGCCAGAACCUCUGUGUGAAACCCAUCGUUUCUUGAAAAGAGCGGUGGAAACUGAACGACAGGCGAAAGUCAACUCAGACUUUUUGUCCCAGUUCGAUGUUCCUAAAACUGAGAUGGAGAUUCGGCGAAAACAUAUCCUUCAAGACAUAGAAAAGGGAACCGAAUGCGCAGCUGACAAGAUCCGUGAACUAUCUCGAAGACCACUUAGCCAAGUGAAGAAAAUUGGCAAUGAGUGCGUAAAUUGUCGAUUGUGCAGCCAAAUGGUAUCCUCACCCGUACACAUCUUUAAAAAGGACCAUGAUCAUUCGGUGCUGAUGGGUCUGGGUGUCGAGGAGAGUCCCAAAGUGCAACUGUGUGACCAAACGAAGGAGAACUUAAUCAAGGUUAUGCUCAUGCAUGCAAAAGAGGCCAAUCGCUGUGGGGUUGGCGACUGUCAAAUGCAGGAUGUAGUUCUCAACUUGGAAGCGCAUAACCACAUUGGCGUUUUACAUAAGCUUAAAAGGAUUACUCCACCCAUUCGCAGGUCGCGCAAUAGGUCAUCUCAGGGUCGAAAAUUACCAGCAAAAGGACGAAAAUCAGUGAAGAGCACCCUCAACGAACCACCGCAUAUACCAAGGAAACCCAUUCAGAACCUAGCCGAUCUUAUUCCCAAGUGCAGCAGAACUUUGACACGUUUGAAAAGGUCUGCAGUUCAGUGUCCUGCAACUGACGUGAAUUUUAUAAGCAGGACCAUCGAUGGUUUUCAGCUGGACUACCAUAAGAUAUACGAUCUGCCGGCUCUGCCCGAGGAACGUUUGCCUUGGGAGGACGAUGUCGUGGACCUGGAGGACAAACAGGCUGUAAUUGAAAGGCUCUGCAUUGAGGCCCUGAAUAGUGGAACAUCCAAAUCGAUAAAGGAGUUGCAGCAGGAUAAGUCACUUUCUCCGAUUUCAAGAGCAGUUGUCAAUUGUGCUGUGGACAUGUUCCGCACAAAUGCAAACGAAGUGGAGGCGGAGGAAACCCAAAUCCAAGUUGAGGAGCAGCAGCAGAAUGAUCCCAUAGAUCCAAACAACAAUCAGCAGAUUGAGAACCUGCUGAAAGCAGCUCUGAAGGUGCUCAGUGGUAAUCCCCACUUUGUGCUGGCCAGCUUAACCAAUGCCCACAAGAUGCCCGUGCUCCUCGAUUGGGUUUCGGAUCGCUAUGGCAAGACCUUCAGUCGGCAGGAGAUGCGCGAUCUUGUGAAGAACUCGUUCCACAUCUACGAAAGAUUCUAUCAGAGUGAAAGGAACCAUUGGCGAAAGACCUUGAGACUGAAGAGGAGUCUCACCUACCUGGGCAGUGCGGUCACCUAUGCCAGCUACAACAAGGUUAGGUGCCAGACCAGACGGCUCAAUGGGGAAUACCAGGCCAGGCUCAACGAUCUGGCGCUGGAGCAGACGCGUCUCACCUGGAUGGCUCUGCGGGGAUACUCGCACCUGGACGGCGACAUCAAGGACACCUUCUUCGCCUACAUGCCCGCCACGCAGCACGAUCUGAAGCGCCACCAUGUUUGGCAAUCGGAUGACUACCGGGACAUGGUCAGGUUGCGGCUAAGGACUCGCAGCUAAAUCGCUGGUUCCCGAUGGCAGAUCGAAGCACACAUGACAAGUCAUGGACUUCGCUCUGCCAUUUGGAACAGCCAUCGAACCAUCGAACCAUUGAUCUGCUUUGUGGCGGUUAAUUCAACCAUUGCCAUUGUUUGCCACUA